CGAUAUCACCACUACUGACUGACUGGAGUGCCCUGGACUGUAUUUACAUCGUCGUCUCUUUAGCUUUGGCAUCCAUUGUCAUUCACCUUCACUCGCCAGCAGCGUCUUACAAAUCCUCUGUUUCAGCUGUAACCAUAACAUUCAGCACAUUCAGGGCAAAAGUCUCCGAGACUGACCUCUCUUGUUCACUCAGUGACCUCACUCCCCCAGACCAGUGGACAGUUAUUCGACUGCCCGGGCUCCUAGCAAUUUCCUAGCACACUGAAUUCGACCUACGAACCCCUGUGUUUUCCAAGGUUUCCCGCUGGGAAACGCCCCCCAUCCCCACUCAAUCCGCCUGGCGUUGGCCUAGAAUCCUGCUAAAAUCUGGGCUGCCACUCCAAGUGGGCUGCCCACCCUUUCCCUUUCGUCACCUCUCAAAUCUCGGUCCUCCCCCCGUCAAAAAGAAACCAGGCUCUACCUAACCUUACCUGACCUUGCAUUGCCUCGAACAAAAACAAGCAACCAACAGCGCAAGGCACUUUUAUCCCAAUCGAUUUCCUUUUCCUGGUUUCUUCUCUUGGGACGACUUCUCUUUUCUCUUUCUUCUCCAUCCUCCAACAUCUGUGUCGCUUUUCGACUCACACACAACGUUAACCAUUACUCAUCUCUUCACUGACUACUCGACUUUCUACGACACCCUCACAUCAAACGUCAAACAAGAAACGCUCCCGUCCGCUAGAGUAGACAGACCUGCUAAACCCCGCAUCGUCCACAGAGCAGUCCAACCCUGUUUUCCUGCUUCCAUCAAGAAAUCUAUCCCACUUCGUCUUUUAUAAUAAUAUUGCCCGCGCUUUGCGACACACCAAACAAGGCUCACGUUUACGAUCCGACUCGCUACAACUCCAAGACGGAAUAGCUCUAGGCCAGACCGGCGAACCUGUUUUUAGUUGCACUGCACAUUAGAAGCAACUACUGCUCUCAAAGACGUCCAAUCGCCCAAUACCUGCUACCAAAGUUCGCUCAAGACCUCACGACUUUUUCUCUCAAAGGCGACUGUCGCGCCUAGGCGGCAAUUUCUCCAGCCAUGUCUACCAUUCAGCAACUCAAGAACUUUAUCCGGCACGGCAAGCAAGCUCGUGCCGCUGCUCCUGAAGAGUCUCCACGCAAGACAGAACAGCAACAGGCGCCCGCAGUCCAGCACAAGACAGCAUCAGAUCCCAGUAAUACCAACUACGCAAGGGCACAGGAGCCCGGAAACGAAUAUGGCGAUGACGAUUACUCACGCAGCAAGAGCAAGAAGCGCGUCGAUGAUGAGAAGCUCGCCAAGCUCAUUGCUGAGGAGAAUGCCAGCAAGAGCAAAUUCCCUCGUUACCCCGGCCUCGAGCGUUGGGAACUCGUCGACAAGAUGGGUGACGGUGCCUUCAGCAAUGUUUACCGUGCCCGCGACACAACAGGACAGCAAGGCGAGGUCGCCAUCAAAGUAGUACGCAAGUACGAGAUGAACAGUAUGCAGGUAAGCAAACACUGGGGUCGUCUGUGUCUGUCGCCCUAUCUCCUUUUGUUUUGAUAUUUCUAGUGCUUUUCAUUCGUCUGCUUUCUCUUUCUUUGGGUCCCCAUUUACCAACACGGGGUUGUCCCCUCUCAUAGGGCAAUAAGCAUUUACAUCCAGACUUUAAGAAAGUCCCGAAGGCAGCAGAGGUGCGAGAAGAUUCUCCUUACGUUACUAUUUCUUUCCUAUGUCCAGGCCGACGCUGUUCCCGUCUAAAGUCAGUUCCUGCUGUCUUGAUGGCGGGGGUGGCCAGCCUUUAGACUCGAGGAAAUGCGAGGCAGAACACUGACACUCCUGCAGCGAUCAAAUAUCUUGAAGGAGGUCCAGAUUAUGCGCCAACUUGACCACCCCAAUAUUAUCAAGCUCGUCGAAUUCUCCGAAUCGAGGCAAUAUUAUUACAUCAUUCUGGAGCUAGCCCCUGGUGGUGAACUUUUCCACCAGAUCGUCCGCUUGACAUAUUUUAGCGAGGAGCUUUCUCGACACGUCAUUGUUCAAGUGGCUAAGGCUCUUGAAUAUCUCCACGAGGAGAAGGGUGUUGUUCAUCGCGACAUCAAGCCCGAGAACAUUCUGUUUGAGCCCAUUCCUAUGGUGCCCUCUAAGCACCCGAAGCCUAAGCAGCCCGGCGAUGAGGACAAGGUUGAUGAGGGCGAGUUCAUUCCCGGCCAAGGUGCCGGUGGUAUCGGUCGCAUCAAGAUCGCCGAUUUUGGUCUCUCCAAGAUUGUUUGGGAUAACCAGACAAUGACGCCUUGCGGAACUGUUGGCUACACAGCGCCUGAGAUCGUAAAGGACGAGCGAUACUCCAAGUCUGUCGAUAUGUGGGCGCUAGGAUGUGUGCUAUACACUCUGCUUUGCGGUUUCCCACCAUUCUACGAUGAAAGUAUCGAGGUGCUCACUGAGAAAGUUGCCAAGGGUCAAUACACUUUCUUGUCUCCAUGGUGGGACGAGAUCUCAAAGUCUGCCCAGGAUCUUAUCAGCCAUCUCUUGACUGUGGAUCCUGAGAAGCGAUUUACGAUUACCGAGUUCCUCGCUCACCCAUGGAUUGCCGGAAACGGACCUACUCCCCGAGAUGAGAUGAAGAAGUCUGAUGGUAUGCUCCGGGCCUUUGAUGCUACGAAAUUCGAAGAGUCUGGCAAGCGAUACGACUUCCGAUCUCCUGGCGCUGUUAACCUGCGUGAGGUCUUCGAUGUCGGUUAUGCUGUCCAUCGUCAGGAGGAAGAGGGCAAGCGAAGGGCGCAGAUUGGCCCCAAGGGCACACCAGCACGCUUCCUCGGCGGCCUCAACGAGGAAGAUGAAGACGAUGAUGUCAUGCAGAUCGAUGGUCAAGAUAACACCGGUGCCAAGCCCAACGCAGCGACUCAGGCCCUUGAGCAAAGUAUGCGAAAGGCCAACAUCCGAGAUCAAGAGCAACAGCAACAAUCUCGGGGUCGUGAGCGGGAGCGUGCUGAGAGAGGUUACGGCCAACAUUCGGCAACAGUCGCCGCGGCUGCUCGACAGCAGGUACGUGAACGCAAUCGCCAGCGAGGAGCAUUCGAGCUCAACCUUGACAACGCUACCCUCCUGGGUAAGCGAAACAAGAAGGUUCCUGUCAUGGGGGUAUAGGAGCCCAAUGAUGUAGACUCAGCCGAUGGUUCAGGAACAACAACACCCAAGCGUUUGAGCCUCGAUGGCACAGUGUCGCCAAGGCCAACGCCUCUGCGGCGGCACUCUUCAGAGCUUCCUUUUAUGUUUGAACAACAUAGAUGACUUAGAGACCAUGAGUCUGGGGUGUGACUGUUUCCAAAUUGACAUUUGUUUUUGGAAAGAUGGAGGAUGACAAGUGGCACCAGAUAUUGUCACGGGGGUACAUUUAUUCAGCAUCCAUGACAGAGGAGGAAACAUAUUAUUUGAAGUGCAUUCAGGCGCAAGGAGUACCGGGUGAUUGGCACGGCUAACGAUAUAGCCCGGAUCAUUUUAGGACUCAAGAUUAUUUGCAACGUUUUAUGUCAUGUAAUAUUUGUCAAAGGCCAGGGGCUAUGUAUGAAUCAGCAGGGCUCUUGUCUCUUGAUAUUUAUAAUCUCUCUCUGCGUGUAUCUUUGUUGAUGUCGUGAGGAGAGGUUGUGACAGCAUUGCGUUGUGCAAUAUCGAACAUCCAUAGGUUGGGAGUUUGGGGGUCUCGUUUACGUAUUGAAUGACACGGUUUUAAGACUGAAGAUAUACUUGCUUGGAUGUUAGAGAUGUAUGUUUAUCGUCAAGUUAUAUAAUUGAACUGAUUCAAUACUCCUCGUCGCCUUCUUCCUCCUCUUCAGUGUCCUCGUCUGAAACUGGGUAAUGUGAACCAUUGUUCUUCCUCAGGUCACCGCCAGACGGAACAUUUCCACCCCUCCGUGACUUUGCCGGAUCAGCUUGAUGCUUUCCCUUGGUACAGCCUUUUCGUCCACCCAAUUUGUCACAGCACGUCCAGCGGAAUCCGUCGGGCAUCUCCUCUCUCAUCUCAGGCGUAUCAAUCUCCCCAUGACAAUCCUCAUCAUGAUCCGCCCAGAAAUUCCCCGUGUUAUCAACAUCAAGAUCCCCUAACGUCAUCAGCAAACAUGCGCACAGAAAAGCAGUGCCUGGUUAACGUACCUGGAUGGUAACAACACGACGUCUCAGUGUUAUCUUGGUGGGUAAACGCCUGGUCACACUGAAUACAGACAAACAAAUCGUUCAUGGCUUUGCGCUUGAGGCCAGUGAUUGGAUUGUCGGCGGCUUUCAGGCGGCGGUAGUGGUUUAGGGCGCGGGCAUUGACGGAGGGUCGUCGAGGAGGGCGAGGAGGAUUGCGCGGACGUGUUGCUCCGGUGCGAGAUGGACCAUUUCCUGUUCUAGUGUGAAGGACAUUUUGGCGAUUGAGAUGUUUUUAGUAUGAGAUGAAGUGAGUUGGAUAUGUUGGUGUAAGUAAAGUGACGCCUUGAAGUUGGAAUAGGUAGUGUAGUUCGGAGCUUGUUUUAUUAGUGUCAGGGUGAUAUGCAGGGGUAAGUAGAGAGACAUUGUCGCAACUUCCCAGAUUCUUCCAAGCUGACAAUCACAAUAAAGAAGGAACUUGAUAGUCUUUUCCAUGAUGAAUUGGAAUUUGGGAGACACUGGGCUCUUGCUGCCUACCUAAACACCAUCGUCGUCGUUAUAAUCCUCCAUGUCACUUGGCUCUUCGCCCGACGCUCUCCUUGACUUAGUUGGAUCAGCUUCAUGCCGCCCAUGGUAACAGCCAUCCUCAUCGCCAGGUUCAUCACAGCAAUUCCAAACAAAUCCUUCGGGGUAUUCCGCGCGCAUUGACUCUGUGUCUAUAGUCCCGUGACAAUUCUCAUCGUGGUCUGCCCAAAUAUCGGCAUCAUAGUCAACCUCAAGCUCUCCUGAAGCGUACAUGUCAGCUCCCGUGUUUCUGAGCUGAAAGCGUUAAUUUCUUACCCCAAUGGUAGCA